UUAAAACAUCGCACAUUUAAUAGUUAUCAAAUGUACAAUGGGCUUAAUUUGUUAGUUCGCGUCCAACCGUGUGCUCGUCUUUUCAGUGGUAACUCCGAUGUUGCUGGGACCUCAUCCUGCGUUCGUACUCACGAGAUUGUUACCGUAGAGGACGGUAAACUGCGAGGUGUACACUACGAGCGCGUCUACGGUACUGGAAAUGGAAAUUCCACUACGUUAUUCACUCCACAUCCAUUUAACCGUCGUUUUGCUUAUUCAAAGAAACCCCUAUUUCCCAUAGAACCGCGGAAUUUACGUAUCUUUGGAUUACGUCGUCAUAAGAAGCGUGGAAGGGGAAAGAAAAGCUCUGCUCGUGGUUACAGGUUUAAGCGUCAAAAGCACAGAGGGAGUAAGCCGAAUAGUCGCACAUUUGAGGGUGGACAAACACCACUGUUUAAGCGUCUUCCAAAAUGGCCGGAAGCAUGGCUUUCACGUCAAAGAAAGACUCUCGAUCCGCUUAAUUUGUCAAAGCUGCGCUAUUUUAUUGAGCGUGGAAGGCUUGAUACACGCUUUCCUAUAACUCAGCGACAUUUAUACGACAGCAAGUGCGUGAAGGUAAAACGUGGUGUCCAGUUAUUUAACGUAAACGAUUACCCAUUUCCCUAUAAGAUACACAUAGAGGUUGCCGGCAGUGACCAGUCAUCUAUUGAUGCUAUAAAGCGUGUUGGUGGUUCCGUUACCAUUGUUUACUAUGACCGUGUGAAUUUACGUGCUCACUUGAAGCCUUACAAAUUUGAGGUUCUUCCUCGCACGGCACGGCCAAGUAUUGAUAUGGUGCAUUACUUGGAGAAAAUGCGUGCUCGUGGUUGUAACGUUGUUUACAUAAAGCCUAUGUGGCUGAUAAAGGAAGAGCAAGCCAUAGCCGCUGAGAUGGCUGAGCUUGAAGCGGAAACUUUAACUAGUUCUGAAUUAAACCCUGACGAAACGGCAUCUGAACGUGAGGAGCGUUUAAUUAAGCUUUACCGCGAAAGAAUGUUACGGUUUGGUCGUCCUUAUGUUUAAUAUGCUAUAAUAUUAUUCAA